ACCGCCACACGUCAACAUGACCCUUUAACCCCUUCUUGCCGUCGCAGUCCCCCGUUUCCCCAAAAUGGCCCAUAUCACCGCCACUUCAACCCCCCAGAUCGAAGCCGACCGCCGCCUUCUCCAGUUCGAAACGUACGAGGACUAUCUGGACUCGUUAAUAACCGAACAUGAUCGCUGUUAUCUUCAGGACACAGUCGCGGCACGAACUAUCGCCGAACUAGGUUACAGGAGUUCCGGAGAGACGCUGAGCCGCCAACAGUUCGAGAAACGCUUAGCGGCGGUGAUGAAUUUCCUGUACCCGCCUUACAAGCCGUACGAGUUGGCCAGCGAGGGAAUCGCAGGAGGAGAUCCCAUCCAGAAGGAGCUGGCGAUUAGGGAGCGACCGAACAGAGUCGGGAUUCUGUCGACGAUUAUCUUCUUGAGGUACCAGACGAAGAAGGGGUUUGAAGUGUCGGGGUACAUUGACUAUGCUAAUAGGUUGUCUAAUCAGGAUUGGAAACCGUUUUUUAAGUACGGCCAACAAGUACUGCCACAACCAACCGACUUGGGAUAUUAUCAUUGGAAAUUGGGAAAAACUAUGUCGAACAACUCGAUUAAUUACAAGGUUUGCGUCGAUCCUGUCAAGGGCCUGGUCUUUCAGAACCGUUACGACCGAAGGAUAAUUUGCGUCGAUCCUUCGCAGGAGCCAGGCGCGAACACUACGAGGAAAAGAAUCGAAUCGGAUAUUUACGACCACGUCAUACUGUACGAUCACGUCGUACGGCAAAGGAUUUAAAUCAAAUAAAACUUAUUCGGAGAGGAACGCUUGUUAUAAUUGGAUUUAAUCAAGUUUAACGAUCCUACUAAUUUGGAGGGGUUUUACGGCAAUUUAAGUGGGGUUAUUAAUUUUUAUUUAUUGCCUGGGACAGAUUGAAUUUGUUUUGCGAGGUGUGUGGGGUAAGGGGGCGGCGAAAUAACGGAAUUUCAUUCAUUAUAAGAUGGAUGAAAUAAAAUGUAUGGGGAAAGGUUAAGAAAGGUGCACACUAUUUGGUAGUUGAGAGACAACAUUGUUUAACAAUAGGUAAUAAUUAGCGUGUGACAACUUUGAAACUUAUUAAGAUCUGCAUACAGAAGUGCUCAGAAAUGAGUUUAAAAUAAUUGCUGCAAAACCCUUCGCUGUAUAAUAAGCCAGAACAUUAAGUAAGCAAUCUCCACUUCAAUUUCUUCCCUUUUUAAAUAAUAAACAGUAAUUACUUAGUAAUGAGUAAAUAAGCUCCCCAAUUCCCUUAUUUCCUCCAAACUCGAGAGUAAGUUAUAAUUUUUAUUUAUUACCUUUCCCUGUUUGCGCUCCGAGCAUCAUUCAGCUCGAAAGGACAAUAUUUUUUUAAUAACGGGAAUCGAGACGCUCUUCCCAUUUUAUUAAAAAAUCUAUAUAGUGGUCAGCACUAACGGCCCGUAAAAAU